AUGGCAACCAACUUCGGCAAGAUUCGGGCAUUACUGGACCUUUGCCGGAAAAGCAAGUUUGUAGACUUUACCUUCGAUCACCAUGUACUGCAAAACCUGCGUUUCGCACCUAUCGGUCAGAUGUUGAGGAACAAUUUGAGGCAACAGUGCAGCACUCUGUUAGAAGCCGGAGUUACGAUUGGCCAGCAAAGAAUACCCGUAUUUACCGGCGACGGUAAAAUUAAUUUCGGUGAAAACAUACAACGUCUGUUGCGAAGCCAGCGGCCAGCAAUCACCCCACCAUUUGGAAUAACCGUUGAGGGGUGUGCUGAAGCCGGUACGACCGCGCUACCCUUCACCAACUCGACGACAAACUUGGAGGUGGAUAGCAAUGGUCCAGUAGUAUGCACCAGCUACCUUAUCGAAGCGACGCAUGCACCACAUUUCUUCCAGCAAGCGCAACGGCAACGUAAGAUUUGGUGGAUGCGACUGUCAGCGAACCCAGGGCGUUUUUUCAUCUCCGAUGCGUAUCAUACUGAAGGUGAUGGUUGUGAGCGGAGUGUGGUUAGGCUAAGGGCACAGUUUACCGAACCCGAUGGUCCAGAAAAUGCGUCUGACGUAGUAGACUUGGAGUGGUUGGAACUGCUUAGUGGACAGCAAGUGAUAAAAGAUUUUCCUAAGGUAUUCAUAACAGACAGUCUGCCGAGUGUAGUAAACAUACGUCAGCAUAUAGAUCGCAUGACUCUAGCCGUGCUCAUGGAUGCGCUGGAUUCCCCUACCGCGAGAGGGGCCAUUCGAUUACACCGCAAAAUAGCUCCCUUCAAAUGUGCUAUUCUAUGUCAUGCCAAAGAUUCCGCCCGACAGGGUGAGCUGGGCGAUCUCGCAAAGCAUAUCGCUCAUGUACUACGCAAAGCCGAUAUUUCUUUGCUCGAUAGCAUAUACACGCAACAUUUAACGGAUGAUGAUGCUGCCAACCGAAUCGCCACAUUUGAUGCCUGCGGUGUGCCGUAUGCAUUCGUACUACGGGAUGAAUCGCUUGAGACCGGGUUACUGCAACUACGCAGCCGUGACACAACGCUUUGCGAAACUAUUCAUCUAUCCGAUCUGCCACAUUAUUUAAUAAAGCUGGUUCGAAGUUAGAAAAAGUAACACGUGAAAGCCAACCAUCCGCCCAAUGUGCAGGAUGCACUCGAGCCCAGCCGUACACUGCCGGCGGGCCGUACCGUCAAGUAUGCUGGCAUUGGCCGAGCUGAUAUAUGUUUGUAAGUUAGGAAAACCUUCUCCCCCUCGGGGAUGGCAUAAAAAUAGCCCACACCCGAAUAAUGCCAAUUGAUUUGGUUCAAUGUUAAAAUGGCAUAUUCUCCGACACAUUUGC